GCAGCAUGUUCCUGAAACACCCCCGCCCAGAGCGCCCCAGCCCCCCCUUCUCCAGGACUCAGCGAAGGCUCUUGUCCGGAUCAGCUGCCUGGCUGCCCCUUGGGGUUUCCUGAUGCCCUUGCCCGUCCCUCUCUCUGCAGCUGUGGAGACCCAGAGCACGAGCUCGGAGGAGAUGGUGCCCAGCUCCCCCUCACCGCCCCCGCCCCCCCGCGUCUACAAGCCCUGCUUCGUCUGCAACGACAAGUCCUCCGGCUACCACUACGGCGUCAGCUCCUGCGAAGGCUGCAAGGGAUUCUUUCGCCGAAGCAUCCAGAAAAACAUGGUGUAUACCUGCCACCGUGACAAGAACUGCCAGAUCAACAAGGUGACCCGCAACCGCUGCCAGUACUGCCGGCUCCAGAAGUGCUUCGAGGUUGGCAUGUCCAAAGAAGCUGUGCGGAACGACCGCAACAAGAAGAAGAAGGAUGUGAAGGAGGAGGCCGUGGUGGACAGCUACGAAAUGACGCCCGAGCUGGAGGAGCUGAUCCAGAAAGUCAGCAAGGCCCACCAGGAGACCUUCCCCUCGCUGUGCCAGCUGGGCAAAUACACCACGGUGAGACCCCGGAACUCCCUUCUGCCCCUCCAUGCCAGCCUCAGGACUGGCCUCUGGGUCCCUGCACCCCAAGCCCCUGAGAAUAACAGAGCCCGGCGCCCACUUCUGUCACGAAGUGAGGCUGUUCUCAGCCAGGCUGUCUGCCCAAUCCCCACAGGCAGAGCGGAGCUGGGAUCCUGCACAUUGGCCACCACAUGGCACCAGUGCCUGGCCCCUAUGGGCAGAGGGGUCAGGGUUCUUGGGCUCCAUGCCUGGCCCCG